UGUGUCUCUGGAUUCAAGCAGUAAAAUGGCAGAAGCCAGAAUUUCAGUGGAUCAAAAUGAGUUCAUGUGGCCAGUGUGUCUGGAUCUCCUGAAGGAUCCUGUGACUACUUCCUGUGGACACAGUUACUGUAAGAUCUGUAUUACAGGCCACUGGGAUCAGGAGGAUCGGAAGAAAGUCUACAGCUGUCCUCAGUGCAGACAGACCUUCAGUCCAAGACCUGCUUUAGCUAGAAACACCAUGCUGGCUGAAGUAGUGGAGAAACUGAAGAAGACUAAACUUCCUGCUGACUCUGACGCUGGAGCUGGAGAUGUUAAGUGUGACGUCUGUACUGAAAGAAAAUACAAAGCCGUCAAGUCUUGUCUGAACUGUCAGGAAUCUUACUGUCAAACUCAUUUUGAUCAUCAUGAGGAGUUUCAUUCACGUAAACCACACAAAGUGACAGAAGCCACUGGACGACUGCAGGAGAUGAUCUGCCAGAAACAUGACAAGCUCCUUGAGGUUUUCUGUCUUACUGAUCAGAAAUGUUUAUGUGUGCUGUGUAUAGAUGAUCAUAAAAACCACAACACUAUAUCAGCUACAGCACAAAGGACAGAAAAUCAGAUGCAGUUGAAGGAGCUGCAGAAGCAGUUAGAGGAGAGCAUCCAGCAGAGAGAGAAAGAUCUCCAGCAGCUGAGAGAGACUGUGGAGUCUCAUAAGCGCUCUGCACAGACAGCAGUGGAGGACAGUGAGAAGAUCUUUACUGAGCUCAUCCGCUCCAUUAAGAGAAGCCGCUCUGAGCUGAUACGACUGAUCAGAGAUCAGGAAAAGACUGCAGUGAGUCGAGCUGAAGAACGACUGGAGCGACUGGAGCAGGAGAUCAAUGAUCUGAGGAGGAGAGACGCUGAGCUGGAGCAGCUUUCACACACAUUCUGUUCCUGCAGGGUAGCCCUGGAUGCCUCGGACGGGGACCAUGAGUGUGCCACUUGCCUGGGCCACACCCAGGCAGAGAUUGUGUUCGUUGAGACAGACUGCUCUCACUGCGAUAGCAUGAGUCUCACCUUCCUUCCCUUGAGGAUCAUUGUCUUUCAUGAUAGCGGCCCGCCCCAGGGUUUCCAGUCUCUCUCAUCACCUCCUGAAUCUAAACAUGAUCCCAUCAUUCCCUUCAGUUCUCUCUUCUCUUUUGAUGGUGUGAGAGAAUCUGUCCAUCAUCUGAGAGACAAACUGGAGGAUUUCUGCAAAAAGGGCCUCAAAAAGAUCUCAGACAGAGGCACAUUCACCACCUUUAUUCCCUGGACCAAGAACGACUUCCUACAGUAUUCACACCAGCUCACUAUGGAUCUGAACACAGUGAAUAAACGUCUCUGUCUGGCUGCAGGGAACAGAGAGAUUACAUAUACUGACAAAGUCCAGCCGUAUCCUGAUCAUCCAGACAGAUUUGAUGAAUAUAAUCCUCAGGUGUUGUGUAGAAAGAGUGUGUGUGGACACUGUUACUGGGAGAUUGAGUGGAGUGGGAUUGUGUGUAUAUCAGUGUCAUAUAAGAGCAUCAACAGGAAGGGACAGGGUAAAGAAUGUUGGUUUGGAUCUAAUGAUCAGUCCUGGAGUUUGAUCUGCUCUCCCUCCAGUUACUCAUUCAGACACAAUAACAAAGAAACUCAUAUCCCUGUGAAGCCCAUCAUCAGGAGAAUAGGAGUGUUUGUGGAUCACAGUGGAGGAACUCUGUCCUUCUACAGCAUCUCCAGAAACACAAUGAGCCUCAUCCACACAGUCCAGACCACAUUCACUCAGCCGCUCUAUCCUGGGUUUGGGGUGUAUCAUGGGUUUUCCUUUUAUACUGGAUUGACGGUUCAUUCUGGAAGUACUAGGGCUGAUUAUAAAUCAUCACUGAAACUGUGUGAAUGAAUCAGAAUAGAUUGUAGAGAAAUUCUACCCAUAAUGCUUUGAGCUGCAUGAUAAAUCAGUAACAGUGAGAUGUUAUAGAGUCUCUUCAUGACAUUAAUACUGCAGCUGAACUUCUGUCACUAAA